AUUGAGAGAACUUUGUCUAUAAUCUGGAAGAAACUUGAAACUGGUUCAACAGACGAUUGUCAGAGCCCUGAGAGCGUAUCGCAAUCUAUAUGCUGUGCAGGAUUGCUUGGAAGGCAGGAUGAUAUAUCCAGUAACUUCUUCUUGCCACUAUGUGGAUUAGAACUAUGUAAAUAUGGCGAUGGGCAGCUUGAUGAAUGCCAUGCUGCAGGAUAUACCUGGAUGGCUUUACCUGCAGAUUCUUUGGUUGAUGGGCUCAAUGUUUCAAGGAUACCACUUGCCGCAGAGUGCUUAGGCCCCAGAAGCCUUUAUGUAUAUGACAAUGGUUUUCGAAUGAUUUCACCUGAUAUAGCUAUGAAUCUUCUGGGAGGAGACUUUGCUACAUACUUUUCAAGGGGUAUUGUUUUGGAUCUUAAUCACCAGCAU